UAAUUAUUAAUUAAAAUGGCUGACGAAUUUGAAAGACAGAACGAAAAAAAAGAAAAAAAUGAACAAUCUAAUCAAAAUAACAAAUCUAUACAAAAUGAAUAUGAUAAACAAUCUGAAGAAGAAGAUAGAUAUUCGAUUGAAAUACAAGAACCAGCAUCAGUAGAAGAUAUUUACAAUAAUGAUUAUGUAGAACAUGAAGAUUAUGAAUAUGUAUCGAAACCUGAAAAGAGGGAAGAAGAAGAAGAAGAAGAAAAAUAUAUUCCUGAAGUCGUAGAUUGGGAAAAAGAAGCAAAAGAAUCGGUACGCAUAGAUACAAGUACAAUUAAAGAAAGGCAAAAAACAAUUUAUGAAUUAGAUUCUUUUUCCGCUUCUGGUAUAGGAGCCGAAGAAAUUUUGCAACUUGCUUCAAAAGAUUUUAUACGAGAGCCAUUGAAAGAAAUUCGUUAUUCUACAACAUUGGGUAUUCCAGGCAUAGCAAGAAUUAAUUUAUCACCAAUUACACAAAAAAUAGUUGGUUGUGUCAUAGGAGAAAAUGUCAGUACUGAAUAUCCUUGGGUAUAUGUCAGGAAAAAGAUCAUUGAAGACAAUAUAGAUCUUCAUGAAGAGAGCAGUGAUUUUUUACCCGUAAAAGAUGAGAUAUACAAGUUUCCAAACUCGAAAAUGUUAAUUGGUUACGUCCCAUCGCUAACCGAAGAAGGUCAAUUCUACAUAUGUCUGACCGAAGAAGGUCGUGAUGCGAUAGUCGAAUAUAUUCAAAAGGAGAGAGAAGAUCAUGAGAAUCGCGUGAGAACUGCUGUGUACAAACCAAUUGGAAAAUGGAAAGAAUUAACUAGCAGUGUGGAAAUUGAUUCAAUGAUCGUUAAGAAUACUAGACCGCUUUUGGAAAUUGAGUUAGUAAGUACUGCGGACGUACUGAAUGCACCAAUACACUUCGAAGAUAGAAAAGUGGAUGACGUUAGAGAUGGAUAUAUUGAGCUCCUUCCUUAUCGUCAAAUCUUCGAAAAUAUUCCACGUAAAUUAUUAUACAAUGAAACUCAAAUUACUCCAGAAUAUCGAACUGUAAAAAUUCAAACAGAACUUUCGGUACCCAUAAAUCGUUGGGUCCAAUAUGAAUAUACAUAUCAACGUCCAGAUAUUAAAAAAUUUACCCCGGAAGAACAAGAAUCUUUGAAACUUUUUCUUCGUUAUUUCACCGAUUAUAUAUGUGAUCAAUUAUUGGUAAAUGCUACUUGGGAUAUUUAUUGUAAUGACUAUGAAGAUUUGGUGAAAAAUAUAAGAGAUACUCAAUGUCCUAUACCUAUAACCUAUAAAGAAUAUUUAAGUUUCCAUGAUGAGAAACACGUGGUUAAUAAAGUUAUUAAUGAUCUUACCUGGCAUCCAUUCUGGACUGGAAUAAUGUUUACUGCUUAUACAAGCUUCGCAAAGAGCCAACAUUUAAUUGGUCCUAAAUCGGAUGAAGAAAUUAUUAAAGCCUAUGAUAAUAAUUACGCUCUCGUAUGGUCUUUCAACGAUUCUUUGAUGCCAAAAUUAGUGCUUGAAUGUCCAAGAGAAGUAACAUCCGUGACUGUGAGUCCAUUGGAUGGAAAUUUGGUCGUCGGUGGUUGUGCGAAUGGCCAAGUCGUAAUAUGGCAUAUUCCUGGAAAAAUCGAAGCAGUAGAAACAGUAAUUGUGCACACCGCAGCUCAAAUAAGACAUAAAAUCAUGAUAAAAAGUUUGAUCACGUGGAUGCAAGAAGCGCUUAAAAUUUCCUUAAUCAGACCAACUGCGAUGUCUUCAUUAAAGGAGAGUCAGAAAGCGGCUGUGACCCAAAUUGCAUGGAUUCCACCAUAUAACAGUAUAGAUUCGAGUGGCAGAAUUACAUCAUUACCUAAAGAUGCGAGUAUUGAUGAUUUAUCGUCACAAUUUCUUACCGCGAGCCAGGAUGGUACGAUCGCUUUUUGGAAUUUAAAAUUAGAUGAAAAAUGGAUAGCAUUAAAAAAGAAGGAUACUCGAAAAAGAAAAGAAGCAAAAGUGAAAAGACCAGAAGCAUUAGUGGAAUCUAUAUCUCCGUACAAAAUAUUGGAUCGUAUUUUCAAGCCUCAUUACAUUUUGGUGAUUCAACAUCCGAACGAAAGUCGAAAAGUAGUGAUUACUACUAUGACUAUUUAUGUACCAAAAUUUGAGAAAGAACGUAUAGAUGUUAUUCCACCUACAGAGGAUAUAACUAUUCGAAGAUUUUAUAAAAAUAUAAUCGAAAAGCCUGAUUUUGAAAUGGAAAGAAAUAUAUAUAUUGGUACUGUUGAAGGUGAUUUUGGUUGUGUCACAUGGGAAGGAUAUGAUUUUACUACGGAUUUAACUAUUAAUACUGAAAUAUGUCGUUGGAUUUGGUAUAAUAAAAUACAUGAUGGUCCUGUAACACAUGCUGUUAGGAAUAGACAAGAUGCAAAUUGGAUUGCCACUAUAGGUGGAAAAAUAUAUGCCGUUUGGAAAGAAAAUUUUGGUUUACCAGUAAUGUGGAAGAAGUUAGAUAUUGGACUUACUGCUGUUUCAUGGGGUAGUUAUCGUCCCACGGUAUUAAUUUUAACAAGAACAGAUGGUACUGUUGAAUUAUGGGAUUUCCAAGUGAAAACAGAUAGCCCGUGUGUUACCCAGAGUUUAUCAGGUCACAUAAUUACGGGAAUAUAUCCUCACGAUUUAAGAUUGGAUCCACAAUGCAUAGGAUUUUGCGAUUUCAAUGGUAUCCUAAGAAUGUUCCUAUCUCCUGGUGAUUUUUUGAAAGUAGAUUUAAGUGAUAUGGAGUGGAUGAUAAAUUUCAUUCAGCAUCAAGUCGCAAGAGCACAAAAUUGUAAAGAAUGGAGAGAGAAAUGGUUUCAAGCAAAUUAUAUAGAUAUUGAAGAGAAAAGAUUAGCACAGGAAGCAGAAAAAAAAAAGCAAGAGGAAGAAGAGAAAAGAAUUGCCGUUAAAACAAUGGAACCCGAAACUACUCUAGAGCCUGUAAAAAAAACAUUGAAAAGAUGGGAAAUGAUUGAAGAUGCGCGCGAAAAAUGGAAAGCAAGAGAAUUGAAGCAUAUGCAAGAAGUACUUUUGGAAAAGAAAGGCUUAAAAAAAGAUGAUCUUGAAAGGCAACGUGAACCCAUACUAAAAUUACGACAGGAAGCACAAAGGAAAAAGAAACGAUUACAGGAGACAUUAAAAAUGCAAGAAGAUAUUUUCGAGCAUACCAAGAAUCUUUUCUUCCCUGCAGGUCCUCCCCCAGAGAUCAAACCUAUCUUACCACCAAAAGAAAUUGAGAGAGAUUUAAUCACUGUAGAAGAUACUAUACUUGAACAAGAAGACAUUCAAGUUCGAGUUGAUCCAAACGAAGAAAUCAUUAAUCAUUUUAAGGAAACACAAGCUACAAUAAUGGCUGAGUUACAAAAGAAACCAUUCACUUAUACGUUUAAUUGGAAACAAAUUUUAAGAAAAGGAAAAAGAUUUCGUGAUACACUGGCUACCAAAUUGAGCAAAAAAAUUGCAGCAGAUAUAAGAAUAUAAAAUUCAACA